CCCGGUGUGGAUGUACGGAGGCAGACGGGGGGAAGAGGACCACCGCAGCUCUCUCGUUUUACCGAGCAUCCUGCCCCGGUUUUAAUCUGAAGCUCUGGUCCACCUCGCUGACCGGAGUGGACGACUAAACCCGGACGCGAAGAGCAACAUGACCCAGGAGGGGCAGGCUUUGCCGUCGCCCACCCCGUCAGAGAACUCAGCGGAGCCUGUCCCGAGUACCAAUCACCGGCCUACAGAGACUCUGAACCAGACAGGCGAGGACAAGCCUGGUGCAGAGGUGAAGGAAGACAUACAGGAGGGGAAAAAAGCAGAAGAGGUCAGUAAAGGAGAGGAGGAAGCAGAGAGGGAGGCUUACUGUAACGCUGGAGGGAGGGCAGAAAUAAAGAAAGAGGGAGGAGAGGAUGAUUUGAAAGAGAGUGCUCAUGUCCACGAUCAACAGACAGACGGAGGGGAGGAGGAAGAGAGGGAUGCGGCAAAUGUUGAUGAACGCAGACUAGACGAGGGGAGCUCCAAAAGGGAGGAGAAAACACAUGCUGCAGAUGAGAUGAAAGAAGAUGAGGAGGGGGGGAAGAAUGGAGAGAUGCAACCACCCACCAACCACGAAGCAGCUCAGCCCCUGCGGCAAGCUGGACGAUUAACAAAUGGCAUCAAUGGCAAUCAAGAUGACGACGAAGGCGGCGAAGGGGACGAUGAAGGAGAUGAGGGCAGGCCUCAUAUACACUUAGACACUUUUAGCUCUGACUUUGAAACCACUGUGGAACAGGCUGACACAGAAGUGGAGGAGGAGGAAGAGGAGGAGGAGGAGGAAGGCGUGCCAAAAGAGGAAGGUGCGAGAAGAAACCAGGACAGUUUCAGCUCAGCUUUUGAGCAAAUUGUCGAGCAGGUGCGAGGGGAAGAAGAGGACGGACAGGGGACGGUUCUGGAAGACGAGAGACAGAAAGGUCAGGUGGACAACAGGGAUGGCUUCAGCUCCACGUUUGAGCGCAUCGUGGAAUCUGCCCUGCUGAGAGGCGGGACCUGUUACAGCAGUUUGGACUCUCUGGACGUGCUCUCGCUCACCGACGAGACUGACAGCUGCGUCAGCUUCGAAGCGCCACUGACCCCACUCAUCCAACAGAGGGCUCUCUUACAGGGCCCUGAGCCUCUGGAGCUGGAGCUGGCGACGGUUCAAGAGCAGGAAGGGGCCGAGGCUGGACCAGACGCCCCAGCUGCCGACCCCGGGGACGGGGAUGGCAGCGGGGCUGGGGCUGCGGCUGUGACAGAAGUCGGAGCGAGCCCGCUGAGGACCACCAUCCCGGGAAGCAGGUCGGAGUUUGUUCUGAGUCAGCCGGGAUGCUGGGCCAUCCCCAAUGGAUACCAUACCGACUCCCAGGAAGCCGCGGAGGGAUGUGGAGUCAUGCACAACUCUCUCAGCGAUGCCAACCUCACAGACGUGCUGUCUGACUCAGACGAGUGCGAGUUGGGCAGUCUGGAGCAUUUGGAGCGCGGCAGCACCGACACCCUGGCCAAUGGCUGCCGAGCGGACUACGAAGCUGCCAAAAGGCUGGCCAAGCGGCUCUAUCACCUCGAGGGCUUCAAGCGCUGCGACGUGGCCAGACACCUGGGCAAGAAUAAUGACUUCAGUCAGUUGGUGGCGUCCGAGUAUCUGAGUUUCUUUGACUUCUCGGGCCUGUCACUGGAUCGGGCCCUCAGGAACUUUUUAAAAGCCUUUCCGUUGAUGGGGGAGACGCAGGAACGAGAGAGAAUCUUGGUGCAUUUCUCCAAACGCUUCUGCCACUGCAAUCUCCAAACGCUCACCUCUGAAGAUGGAGCCCACACGUUAACCUGCGCUCUCAUGCUGCUGAACACAGAUCUACAUGGGCACAACAUUGGAAAGAAGAUGUCUUGCCAGCAGUUUAUCAGUAAUCUGGACGGCCUCAACAAUGGCAAAGACUUUCCCAAAGAUUUAUUAAAGGUCUUGUACAACUCAAUCAAGAAUGAGAAGCUGGAGUGGGCCGUUGAAGAAGAAGAGCUGCGGAAGAGCCUGUCAGAGCUGGUGGAGGAGCAGUGUGAGGGCGGUAGUAAACGGGUUGCCAGGGUAACGGACAGCAAUAACCCUUUCAUCGCCAUCCCCGUCCUACUCAACGCUGUCACCUACAAACACGGCGUGCUGACUCGCAAAAGCCACGCCGACAUGGAUGGCAAACGGACCCCGCGGGGUCGCCGUGGUUGGAAGAAGUUCUAUGCUGUUCUGAAGGGAAUGAUAUUGUAUCUCCAAAAGGAUGAGUACAAGCCAGAUGCUGACAUUUCAGAGGUGGACCUGAAGAACGCUGUGCGCAUCCAUCACGCGUUAGCGACUCGCGCCACGGAUUACAGCAAGAAAGCCAACGUGCUCAAGCUUAAAACAUCUGACUGGCGAGUUUUUCUGCUACAGGCCCCGAGCGAGGAGGAGAUGAUGUCGUGGAUCUUCCGGAUCAACCUGGUGGCGGCGCUGUUUUCUGCUCCAGCCUUUCCCGCUGCCAUCGGCUCCAUGAAAAAAUUCUGCCGGCCCAUCCUUCCGUCCUCGUCAACAAGACUCAAGCAGGAGGAGCAGUUGAUGAGUCACGAGAGCAAGCUGAAGCAGAUGAGCCUGGAGCUGGAAGAGCACCGGAAAAACCCGCCCUCAUCUGACCCCAAAAGCCGCGAGUGGGAGGAGUAUCGGCUCAAAGAGCACUACCUCACAUACGAGAAAACCCGCUACGAGACGUACAUCAGCCUCCUUGGGGCCAAAAUCCGCACCGAGACCGACGAUCUGGAGAAGAUCGAGGCCAGCGUGCUGAGCGGCCUGAUGACGGAGGGCGUCCUGGCCGGCCGAGAUCAACAUCUCCGCAAGACGCAGUCGUCGCCGUCCAUCAGCCAGGCUCACAGCGGUUUGAACGGGAGGGGUGCCGGAUGCACCGCCCCGGGACAAAUGAGCUGAGGAGGGGAAGGGGACCACAGAGACCAGAAAAAUGACUUCCCUCGAAGCUCGAACCAGCAUCAUGUAACGUCAUUGGAAUCCCAAUUUGUCAUUUGACCAAAAUCAGAAUCCUUCCCAGAAUUGAUCCGUCCUUGCGAUAAAGUUUCCUUGAGCAAUAGAAGACCGUCCCUCAGCACUCUGACGUACCCCCCCCAGCCUCAACCUCAGUACUGUUGCACAUUGAAAACGAUCGAAAACGAACUGUGAUCACUAUUUAUUACAUCAUCAGUAUUUUUUUUUUUUAAAGUCAAGCGCGAUGCAGUUGUCUUGAGUUGAAAUAUGAGUUUCCUUUUCACCAGGGAAAAUAAUGCCAGACGAGCAAACACGAAUCGAGGUUCGAACAUGUUUGGUUUCUCCUCUUUCUGAACUCGAGGAAAAAGGGAAAUGGUACUACUGUAGAAUUUUCGGCCGUUGCGUUUCACACUCGCCUUUGGACCUACAUUUUGGGUGGAGUGUGAUUUGCAAAGGCGAUGCCACGAAUCUGUUACAGGAAAAAAAAAAGAGAAAAACUCAGAAGGAUCCUCCCGUACCGAAAGUAUUUAUUUAUUUAUUUAAUUCUUGAAAGAAAAAAAAAAAAGCGAUAGUUAACUUGCUCUUUUUACAACCAUCUCCUUGCACACGCGCGGUGAGGGACGCCCUCGUGGAACUGUUUGCCGGAGGAGCUCGGAGUUGCGUGCCUUACUCGCGGGCACCCCGAAACCAGCUCAGUGAGCACACGGUCGACCAGGAGAACUUGAAUCCGAAAGGACUUGAAACGGAGCCGAUUCGCUCGAAGUCUUGCGCUGUGAUUCCCAAGCCGCUUUUACCGCCUAAAGAGUUGACACCAUUCUUUUCGUUUCCGGCGUCUCAAAGACUGAAUUUAAAGCACCGCGCUACUGUACGUGGUUUUGAAAGUCUGCACUGACAAAAGUUGGGUGUGUCGUGUCUAAAAACUGAUGACUGAACCCUGAAUAUCGGUGGAAACGCUUCUCAAUGCAGGUAGAUGUAGUAAUAUUUGGACAGUGGUGGACUUUUUUUUUCCCCAUACACUAUUAAAUUUAACAUGAAAUGAUUGCGAUCGAAGCAUUGCCUCUUAGCUUUAAUUGAAGGGGUUUGGCAAAAAAAAAAAAAAAAUGUCAUUUGACAUUCAGCGUAGCUCAAAAGUAUUUUUUACCAGGCCUUCACUGCGAUCGCCUUCACUUGCUGUUGUUUGAUUCCACAACACGAGGGAGGCGUCUUUCCUUAAAUCUACCAGUGGUUUGUAUCGUGGAUUUUCAUUUCAGAAAGACAUUUACAGUAUAUUCUAAUAUGCGUCCAGGUUAUUCUUGAAUUCUGUUGCUGAUUUGAUGAUUUUUUUUCCCCCCACCUGAAAUUAAAGCUGCAAAUAUCCACUUUAGUGACAUCAUGGUAGCGUAUAAAGGCAUACAUUGUCAAUGUCAUUGUUAAAAUACUUCUGCUGCUGGUUAGGAAGAAAUUAAUGUAGCUAUGUCAAAUUCCGCUUUCAUGCUUUUUGAGUGAGAAAGAAGUUCAGAAGUCUUUUGCUGGAUAGGACUUAUUUUUCUAAUAAGGCUUUUGUUAUUAUAGAAAAACUAGCAAAAAUGCAGCUAUCAUCCUCCUGAGGAAAGAUCCAAAUAUUUCAUUUGUGUGUUUUUCACAGUGAAAUGUGGUCUUCUUUGGUGCCCACGGCCUAUUUGGACAUGUGCACCAGCGGAACGGUUCCAAUUUGUUACACAAACAUCAAUAAAAGUGUCCGAAGAGUAGCUGCAAAACAACUUUGCCAGCGCAACAGCCGUCAAAACAUCCUCCGCAGGUUUCACUCGGAGCAUUACGAAAGAUUUGAUUUCCAAGAAGCAGGUGGUUCAGUUUUCUCAGUAAGACCCCAAAAGGCAAAGCAAACUUUCAGUCCAUAUUUAACAAAAUAGCACAUUAAGGAUUCUUGGAACUGGCAUUAAAAAGUGGACGUUGGGUUGAGGAGCGAGCGGUGACGGUACCGAUGUUUGUGAGCACCUUAAUGAUCCCACCCAAAGCCGCACACACACACACACACACACACACAUUCUAAGUAAUUUGUUUAUGACACAACUGUAGAGCUUAGAGCACCCCCCCCCCACUCAGCCUCAUUGAGGCACUUGUUGACUUUUUUUUUUUUCAUCAUAGCUUUCCAUGUUCUCAUGCGCUGUCACGUCUUUGCUUUGGACUUUGAAAAUCAUUUGGGGACUUCUCUGGAAACUCUGAAUCCCACCUAGACAAUGCUAAAAGUAGAACGUUGUAAUGUUUCAGGAUAAAUAACUUUUUUUUUUUUGUUUUUUAACACGGAGACGUCUCCUUGUCACUUGGGCUGUUGUGCUAAGCUAUGUUUCCAAUGUUCUAGGAUAGGCCUGUGCUGUAAAAUAGGACUGUGACAGAAAUAUUUGUUAAUUGUUAUGUUCAUUAUUAAAAGAUAAGGCAACUUCGGCACUUUGAUGUCAGCAACCUGUCAUAUUGCUUUGUUAUAUAUUUGAACUGUUCCCCCCACCCUCCCCACGUCUGAUGUUCAUACAGUGUAAAAGACAUAUUUACUGAAUAUUUAGUCCGUGCUGCAUAAAGUAAGGUUUUAUAGAGAAGACCGUAGUUGUGAUUUAUUAAUAUUGGCACCAAAACGACGUGCAGCUGUUUGGGUUCCAUUUACAUCACUGAUGUACUGUACAUAUUUCUUUGUACUCUAUAUUAAAAGCAUUUUAGAAGAAUAUAACUAUUUCACCAGUUUCAUAAUUGGGAUCUAGAAACAGAAUUUUUUUUCAGAAUAAUUAUGCUCCUGUAAAAAACGGAACGGUAAUAAUUCCGAGGUCUUCAUAUUUUUCGGUUCCGCGCACCUGUGAGUAGAUGUUUUGUCAUUUAAAAUAAAAUCAGCGUGAUCGGUUAUCAUGCACAGAUUGCAGGUGAUAAACUGAAACAAAAUAUUCUCAAGGAAACCGAGAUUGU